AUGUAUAUACCUUGGAAGGUAUUCACAACUAGGAGAAUAUACACUAAGCAUUUAUGGGCUUGGAGAGUGUCUGCUGUGAACGGAAAAUGGUGCCGUUCACGCAGAAGGAGACGGGGAGCUAGGAAGGUUGUGGAGGUGGCUGGAGAUAAGAAUAUAUGGAAUGGGAAGGAUUCUGCUGAAGAGACAUAUCGGAGGAAACUGCCACGCGAUGCAAGGUUGGGUGGCGUGGGCGUGGGCGUGGGCGUAGCAGACGGGAGACGGGGCAAGGCCCCGGAGUUUGGGAGAGCAGAGGAGACGGUGACGGUGGAAGAGGGUGACACAGCAACACUGCCUUGUCUCGUCUACCAUCUCAACGAUCGUGCUGUGACGUGGUUAAGACGGCGGGACCUGCACAUCCUGACAGCUGGCCACCACACCUAUUCUGCCGACGAUAGGUUCCAGAUGGUACACACAGAGGGCAGCAACGAGUGGACGCUGGUGGUUCGCUACGCACAAGAGAGAGACGCAGGAGUGUAUGAGUGUCAGGUGAAUACUGAUCCCAAGCUCUCUCGCCCAGUCACUCUCAAUGUUUUGGGCACUGUCAGGGAAGUCUCUGUAGCGAAGACCAAAGUGUUCGUAGCUAACAACACAGCCUCCACUAAGGACGGUCAGCUGAGGGUUGAAAUACAAGGACCCCGAGAGUUGUAUAUAGAGGAAGGGUCGUCCCUGUCACUGACCUGUCUAGUGACCUCGUCACACGGGCCGUCUACUCCCGUCUACUGGUACCACGACACCAAUUUGAUUGACUACAACUCCCCUAGAGGGGGAGUCAACCUCAAGAUUGACCAGAGUCGUGGGGAGACCAUCACUCGUCUGGUAGUAUCAGCUGUGGGACCUGGUGACUCGGGAAUGUACUCAUGCGUUCCUCCAGGGUCCCAUCCAGCCACUGUCAGAGUCCACGUCCAGAAGGGAGACCACGAAGCAGCUAUCCAGCAGGGAGGACUGGACGACACAGCCGCCAGCAGCAGUUCGACUCACCUCCUGCCUGGAACGCACCUCUCCUUCCUUUACUUCCUGUUUCUCCUGUUUCUCUCGUCCCCUUCCCUCUUCCAUGAUCUGCAAGCCCAGUUUAUGGGUCUCUCUCUUCUCGCACACUUUCACCCUCCUCUCUUAUUCCCGUGCCUCGCUGUUUCUCUCUUUAUCGGCUUUCUACCUACGUGUUUUCCAAGAUUCCUUAUUUUAUCAGCCUCCGCCUCUUCCUCCUGCACUGCCAGGCCUUCUUUAUUAUCUUAAUUCCUCCAUUUCCCCAGAACUCCUUGCUCCCGCUGCUCCUCUUCUUUCUUCUUCCCCUGUUUCUUCCUCCUCCAUUCCUACUUUCUCUUAUUUAGAGCAAAGAGAGAGAGAGAGAGAAGAAAAGCCGGAGCUUUUCUCCAGCUAAAAUCUUAUUUCUGCCGAUGGUGAGGAUCCAUCAAUUUGAAGACGUCAGCGCACCUCUGGUGGCGUUUGAGGGAUGUCACGAUGGCUCUGUGACCUCCACCAACAACGGUCACCUGAUGAUUCGCAAGCAUUGGUAAUGAUGUCGCCUGGGAGUAUGUGAAUGUUUAGUGAUGUCAGACGACUUUUCUCUUGAUGUCCCUCUAAGGUCACUCGGCUUUUUCGAAGUUUGUGGCGAUGUUAGGAGACAUCGGGAAGGUUCGAAACGUUGCUUGCUUCAAGGCAGAAGUGUAUUUAAGUCACGUGAACUUUGUGAUGUCACAUUCAAGAGCGGCUCUGCGGAUGUCACACAGUUUCUGAAAUCGGCUAAACUACCAGCAAGAUCUAAUGACAUCAGCUGGAAUCAAAGAGCACCUGGUGAUGUCACAAGGGCAUUAAGAUCCUUCUAAAAAUGAUGUCAGAUGACGCCAGAAAGCAGAUGCUGCUGUACCAUGAUGUCCUGAGCGACGUCACUGUGAGACUCUAGACAUAACACGUUAUCUAAGCCCACUACUGAUGUCAAUGAUGUCAGUAAAAGACACUUUGUUAAAGGCUACAAAAGAUGUCUCAGGUCCCCCCAGGAGAAGAGGAAUGAUGUCUCUUAACCUCUGCGAGUACCUGAGUACAUCAGACUGACAUCAUAGGGAAGUACUUA